UUGGCAUCAGCUCUUCAUCUGACCGAUUGACCAGCAUUGACUGCAUCUCUGUCUUCAUGGCUCCAAGAGCUGACCUCUUUCCGCGUCUUCUUGCACCUUCCGAGCGUUGGUUAUCAAUUAGCCGUUUUGGCGAAUUUCACCCUAGUAGAUUGCCGGUAUUGUCUUCCUCAGCCCGACGUCAUCUCCGACUCAGACUUGCUGCUGAUCUUUGCCUCGAUGCUCCAGCCAACUUUGAAUUGCCUAAAUCCAGUAAAAUGUUUAAAACUCUUAGAGUGUGUCAAGAUUGGGAUAAUCGAAAAGUUGAAAAAGAGGAGUUGCAACGUGAUAAUAUUGUCGAGGAUACAGAGGAGGAAGAUGAAAGAAAUGAAGAGGUUUCCUCUUUUGAUUAUAAAAUUCCUAGCUGCACUGACAUGGAGUGCUGCGGAAACUUUGGGGAAGAAACCCUACAUAAUAUACCUCUUGAUUCUUCAUCCGUAGAUGAAGUACAAAAAAAACGGCUAUACAAGGCGGGAAUAUCUCAAAGGCAAACAUCUUUUGAACCAUUAGGUCGAUUCCAAGUUGGGCCUCGUUGGCUCAGUAAGUUUAAUAAACUGACUAAUUUUAGAAGUGGUUUGACCUCGUCGUAA